CACUUCGGCUAGCGGCCUCGGUCUUGGUCAGUCGUCGUCAAUCCGUCGAGUGUGUUGUGUGUGUGACUCUCUUGUGGUCCUUUCCCUUUCGGACAUGGAAAUAAAUUUACCUUCACAGUGAAAAUGUACUUAAAUAAAUAUGGUAUUAUCGAUACCAUUUGUAUAGUGUAAAGUUGGACAUGUAUUAUAAACAAUAAUUAACGAUAAUGGCGUGGUUAUACUAUUGUGCCAUUUGGAUAUUGCUGAGUCACGAAGCGAUGAGUACGAUACCGAGGAGAACGAGAGCUAUUCAGAGGAAUGACGUUUCGAGCGGCAUCGUAUUCCCCGGGCAGACUUCAUUCAAGCCAAAGAUCCCUAAAGAUUGCGAAAUAGUCGGCAUCUGUGAUAAUAUACCGGAAUAUCCGCAUGGAUACGUAUCGCAGUUGAUAGACCGGAUGUCCGUAGUCAACUCAACCAAAUUCAACGUGGACGUCAUAGAACCAGAGAUUGCUCAAAGGAUAGGACCAGAGGAGGAAAAUCUGGAGUUAUGCAGAUCACAGGAAUCGUUGUAUAACCCAAAAGCGGCGAAAGAUACCAGUGAGCAGUGGUAUUACAUUAUAAACAAAGUUAGGGAUGUACAGCAGACCUUUCGUGUUGACAUUUGUCAUCGGCAGAACAUCCCAUGCAAAUCAGUAGUGCAUUUUGCUCAAGGCUAUGAGGGGAUGUGCAAACAAAAGUACAUUCUUCGCAGUAUGGUGGCGCUCGACUACAACGGGGAAUUGAUUGAGAAACAUUUCCUCGUUCCUAGUUGUUGUUCGUGUAUUUAUAGAGUGACUGAACUUAAAUUAUAUAGUUAAGAAACAAA